AUGGAUUUCUCAGAUUUAUCAGAUAAAUCACAACAACUACUCAAUAGAGUAUCAAGAGUAUCUAAUCAAUACAAUGGUGUUGGUAGUAUAAAUAGAAGUCUUGUCGAUAUCGGCAGUGCAUCAAAAGAGUUGAGUGAAACAACUUCAUCAAAAGCAAAUGCUCAAUAUGAUGUUCAAAUAAAAGCAAUUAAUAAAUAUCAAAUAGAUCCAAAGACAAUGUCUGAUAAUUUAAUCAAUUUAUCGGCAUCGUCAUUUACGACAGAGGUACAACCAUCGUUUACCGAUGUCAAUGGAUACUUGAACUCGACAUUUGAAGCCAUCACAAUGCAAGCUAUCCAAGACGUGCAAAAGAUGACGCGAAAGGAGUUUCGUAGCAACAUGGAACGUAGCACUCAAAAUGAAUGGGUGGUAGACAAGAAAAGACUCGAGGAAACACUUGGACAGAAGAUGGUCAAGGUCCCAAGAGCUCAAUCUUCAUUGGAACAAUCAUUGUUAUUAACUUCUACUCAACAUAAUAAUCAACAUCAACAACAACAACUAUUGUUAUCUCAAAGAGGUGCAUUUGCAAGUGGAUCAAACAACUCAUCUUCUUCUUCUACUGGAAUGGGAGGAUUAUUGGGAUAUGAAGAACGUACAAGAUUAUCAAACAAGAUGAGAUCAUAUGCAUCGGUCAUUCACAGAUACUUGGAUCAAAGAUCUAAAAAAGAAGAAUUUGAUUUAGUUGGUGAAUUGAUGGGAGCACAUCUCUCUGAAACAACACAAUAUAGACAAGUGAUUGAAGAUGCAUGGGUAUUGAUAUCGACAGUCAAGGAAGCGGCCGAGUCUGGACAACAAGUCAUUUCACACUUGAUUCGCUUUUUAGAGAAUCAAUUCUACAAUACACUCAGAUCCAAGCUGCCCGCCCAUUCCAUCAUAUCAACACCAACCGAGGAAAUCAUUUCCUAUGUCUCUUUUAACAUUCAAAAACCACUCGACACUGAAGAAUAUCGUGGGUGUUCUAUUUGGUCACUCAUCUACUAUUCUCUCAGAGCCGGUCAUCCAAAAGUUGCCAAAGAACUUUCAAAUCAUCUAACUGAUCGUCACAAAUCUUUAAUUAAUUCAAUUAUAACUUUUAAAUCAAAUAAUGAAUCUUGUCCAAAUGAUUUAAAGAUAAAAUUAGGUCAAGAAUAUAGAAAUAUUAGAAAUGAAACAAAGGAUUAUUUCAAGAUUGCAGUAUUUAAUUUACUGUCAACCUCAGAGGCAUUAAAUGUACAUUCAAACAAGCUGUUGUUCCCAUUUAUUCAAGAUUUAAUAUGGUGGCGUUUAUGUUUUGUUAGAGAUUCAUCAAAGACUGGUGCGUCUACUGGUAACGAAUCAUCUUAUACAUUAUCAAUGCUACAAGCAUCAAUCAAUGAAACAUUGGAUCAAACACCAUUUGAUCCAUUUGUAUUGGUUCAACUUAGAUUGUUGUCUUGUCAAUUUGAAUUGGCAAUUGUCGGGUUGUACGAUGGAUCGAAUGGAUUGUACACUGCCGAUGCCUUGCACAUGGCCAUUGCACUUGACCAAUUUGGUAUGUUGAGAUUGCCCGCCCCCGAAAAUACCAUUGUCGACGGUUCGUUGUCCGAUCUCUACAAUGUGCGUACCAACACGUUGAACUUGGUCGCCAUGAUUCGUCGCUACAUCAAAUCGUUUGCGUCCGAGACUGACACAAAUGAAGCACUCGACUACUACCUCUUGAUUGACGACACGGGUAUCCGAUGCCAGUGUAUCGCCGAUCUCAUCGUCACAUCGACCCGUGACACCAAGUUUGCUCGUCACCUCAGCGAAUAUAUCGACGAAAAGGAGUGGCGUGCCAUCAUGGAGCACUCUGCGCUCUCGUACGAGUCCAAGAACAAUGUGCAGGCUGCUAUCGAAUAUUGGUUGUUGUUGGAGCAGUACCCACGCGUCUUGGAACUAUUCAACAGCUACUUUGCCACCGUCUUUGCCAACGUGUCUGAUGUGCAACGUCAACUCUACCAAUUUGGCGUGCAAUUGUACCGUGCCGACACGAUCAAACAAAAGUUGGUGCUCGACGGCCACAGCGACCGUCUCGCCUACAAAACAUUUGAGCAGUUGCUCUUGCUCUCUGAAUUUUUCGAGCAUUUCCAUCUAGAGAGCUACCAAAAGGCAUUGGAUGCCCUCGACUCAAUUUCAAUCAUCCCAGUGCGAUCAUCCGACGUUGACCAGAUGGCUCACAACUUCCGUUUCCUCUCGCCACACAUUGCCAAAAACUUUUCAGUCAUUGUCCAAGCACUCCUCGACACGAUUGCCCGUCUUGUCCAAAUCCACUACAGCACCCUGCCCAUCUCCCAGUCGUCUUUUGGCUCGUCUGUACUCCCCCCAGCCCAACAAAAUGUAUUCUCUAGCGUCCGUCUAGCUCUUGACGAGUUACAAUCUCGUGGUCAAACUCUUGUCGAUUUUGUAGCCAAAAUUGAUUUCCCUCAAACUGGAAACAUCAAUUCAAAUUUAAUUAAAUUUGCUGUUGAUAUUAAAUCAAUUUAA